GCUUACGCUUCCACUUCUCGAGUGAAAGUUCCUCUAAACGAAGAAUGGGUAAAAAUCGCCACUAAAGAAUUGAAGGGAAAAGAUCCAGAAAAAACGUUGACCUGGCAUACUGCUGAGAAUAUCGAUGUAAAACCAGUUUACACGAGAGCAGAUACAGAAAAUUUUCCGGAUGAAAUUCCUGGAAAGUUUCC